AUGGCGUGGUUCACAACUCUACCCCGAGGAUCCAUCACAAAUUUUCGUGACUUCUCAUCAAAGUUCCUCGUCCAAUUUUCCGCCAGUAAAACCAAGCAGGUGACAAUUGAGGAUCUGUACAAUGUCUGCCAGUCCGAGGGCGAGACUCUGAAGCAGUACGUGAAACGAUUCAGCGCGGCGUCCGUCAAGAUUGAGGAAUCAGAGCCGCAUGCUUGUGCGCGUGCCUUCAAGAACGGGUUGCAGCCAGGGAAUCUGAAUAGCAAAUUGAGCCGUAAGCCGGCUCGGUCCAUGGCAGAGAUUCGUGCGCGAGCAAACACCUACAUUCUGGACGAGGAGGAUGAUGCUUUCAAGCGAAGGCGCGCGAAAAAGGAGAAGGAUGGUGAACAGAGGGACGCGUCGCCAGAAGGAAAACAGAGUAAGGAGAGAGGAGAGGGCAGCAAGAGGCGAGACAGGAAAGUGAGAACAGGGGAAAAGGCUGUGAGGGGGCCAUUGUACCCUAAGAGGGAAAAUUUCGAGCGCCGCAGACCGUGGCAUAAGGCUGACUCUCGCCGGCGAGAGGAGUCAGGGAAGAGUCUAAAUGCACAUUUGACGGAGCUACUUCGUGAGGUCAAGGCGAACCACGCAGUUGAGGAAGGCGAGAAAGAGAUCGACCUGCCUCGAGCAGCGUUGGAUAAAACGAAGUGGUGCGAGUAUCACCGCUCAGCAGGCCAUGACACGGGGGAUUGCUUUACGCUGAAAAACGAAAUUGAGAGACUCAUUCGGGUAGGACGAUUGCAGAUGAAUGACCGCGGCGAUCGGUGGAAUGGAGAACGACAGCAGGGAAACUGGUACAAAGGGGGCCGCCAGCAGGAUGACCGCAGGCGGGACGACCGCCGUCGUACGCCAACCGCUGACAAAAAGGAAACACUGGCAACAAGGAAGAAGGAGGCGGAAAAAACCUUUAAUAAGGAUCUUGAGCCGCCAGUUGGGACAAUAAACACAAUCGCGGGUGGCUUUGGUGGAGGCGGUGACACGGCCUUGGCGAGGCGAAGGCACGUGAGAGCAGUGACAUCAGUGCAACAGUACAAGACCCCAUUUGGUUUCCAGCAUCCAGAUAUUGUGAUAUCAUCCACGAAUUUCAAGGGGAUCAAGACGCACAAGGAUGAUCCUGUGGUUGUAAUGAUAAGGAUCAAAAGUUUCAAUGUGCGGCGAGUUCUUUUGGACCAGGGAAGCUCUGCCGACAUUAUCUACGGCGAUGCAUUUGAUCAGUUAGGACUGACGGACAAAGAUUUUAUGCCCUACACAGGAACGUUGGUAGGUUUCUCGGGCGAGCAAGUCUGGGUACGCGGAUAUAUAGAUUUGGACACAAUUUUUGGUUUCGACGAGAACGCCAAGCUUCUCCGCGUAAGGUAUCUUGUGUUGCAGGUUGUGGCAUCAUACAACGUCAUCAUUGGAAGGAACACGCUCAAUCGCCUCUGCGCGGUAAUUUCGACGGCUCACCUGGCGGUGAAAUAUCCGCUGAUGUGCGGAAGAGUGGGAAAGAUUGUGGUUGAUCAGAGAAGGGGGAGAGAGUGUUAUAACAACUGUCUCAGUCUGUAUGGAAAAAAGGGAGCUGGCGAGGGACACAAGUGUCAUGAGGUUGAGGUCAUUCAAGGUAAUCAAGACAGACCGGUGACGAGUACGUCGGGCUCGAAAGAUGAGGUGAUGGGAGUGAUACUUUGA